AUGUAUUUCAAGAGUUACUGUUGUGAUAAUAAAUAUGUGUUCCUUAAGAAUAGUAUCAGUAUUGCAGGAAGGACUUAUAAUAUUGAGGCAGGGAAGUAUGAGGUAUCCACUGGUAAGAUAAGAUCUGUUUAUCCUUCAGAGGUAAAAAGAUGUGUAAUUAAGUAUGUGGAAAAGUCUGAGGUAGAUAUAGUUGUUAAUGUAAUUGUUAAGAUUAGAAAGUUACUGAACAGUGAAAAUCUUAAGUAUUGUCCUAGUAUGAGAUUCCAUCUUGUAAGAGUUUGUAGUGCGCUUGGAAUUGAGCCAAAUGAACAAUUACGGGAUCUGUAUCCAUCUAAUAUUAAGGCUAAGCAUGAAUUCCUAUUUUACGGAAUAAUUGUUCCUACUAUUGAUCUCAAUGUGAGCAACUGCAAAUAUUUCCAUGAGUGGUAUAGAGAUCUUAGGCAAAGAGCGCGGGAUUUGGGAAAUGUUUGUAUUGGACCUGAAUGGAUAGAUUGGAAUGAUCGUUGGGAGGAGUUCUGGUAUCGCGAAGGUAAUGGGAUGAAUGAUAAAUUUAUAAUGUGUGGGAGAGGAAGAUAG